AUGGUUCAAACACCCUCAAAUUAUCAUCUGCUUUUGAGGGAUAGGAGUGGAAGCAUUACACAAUAUGCACUUCCUGACAAGUUAUACAUAAGCCGCCUAAAAUCAUCUUUAGUAUGUUCAGCAGCUUAUCACAGACCUCUGCAUCAAGUAAUACAAGAAAUCUACUCCAAAAGAUUCUCUAACAACCAAAGCCACUUCAACUGGAAAAUAUAUAAUCCUUCUUUAGAGUUUACGUUCUUUGCAGUUGUUUCGGAAGUAAAGCACCCAAAAACUUUAAUAAUGUCUCAAAAGAAACUAAAGUGUGAAGGAGACGAGGAAUUGGCAAUACAAAACGCGAGCACAAACAACAAAUCAAAGUCAAUUCAGUCGAUGGAAGCAGUUCAAACGGUACUUCAGCUGUGUGAAGUCAUGCUUUUUGAUGAUUCAUGUAACUGUCUUCCGCUAAUCUUUUGGAAUGAAGAGUGGAUUCACAUUGCAUUAACAGCUUUUAUACCAUAUUCUACCGUUUUAUCGAUUGUAAACUGUCCGGUUCGUUACGAUCGCUACCGCAAAGGUGUGGUUGCCUCACCAAACUCAAAAACACUAAUCAUUAUCUCACCUGACUGUGCAGAGGCCAAUCGUUUAAGUCAACACUCCAAACAUCGGACUCAAAGCAUAGAUAUUUUGGAAAGCGGCCACACUUCGUUCACUGUUGAGAAUGUAGAUGACAGACUAUUACAAUCUUUACCAAUGGGAUAUAAAACGGCUCAACCAGAGAUUUACAAAGUUCCUCUGACAAGUAUUCACAAUAUCUUAACUGUUCGAGACCUCAAAGAAGGAAAAGUUGUCGCUGGAUACGCUUGUACAUUUGCCGUGUUUACGAAAAUCGAUUUGGACUGUGAAAAUUCACAAUACCUCAUAACACUGCAAUGCUCUAAUUGUCAUGGUCGUUUGAGGUCAUGUGAUCCGCCAGCAGACUAUGAUGUGACAGCACCUGGAAAAAAAUUUGACCCAAAUAUUAAAUGUAUGUUUGCAAUGUGCACCACUCCAGGUUGUCCGACAAGUGGACAAAGACUGUCUUGGUUUGAUAAACAACACGUAAAUAUGGAAUACGGUACAUUUGUUCAUCUAUCAGACCAUACAGGAACAUAUUCUAGAUGUCUUUUAGCCAGUAUUGCAAUGGAAAAACUUUUAGGAUGCAAUGUCGAAGAAUUUCUACAUUUACCAUUGGAAAAGCGAGUUCGUUUGAAGUGGGAGUUCUGUCUAAGAAGAUUUAAGGUUUAUUUUUGGACUGAACAGAUUAGUUAUAACAAUCCAUCACCUUUAAUCAUUAUUAUAGGCGUUGAAAAACCUAAUGCUUUUGAAGUAAUGCAUUCAUUGAAAUUAAACAGAUAA